ACAAAGACAUGUUUUUUCUUUUUUCCUAUCUUUCCUGCUCAACACUGUUGUGAAACAUAGAUAGAGGGAGAGGGAGAGAGAGGGAGUGGAUUCUGUUGACCAAGUAACAGCCGGCAAAAGCCGACUACUUUGUUGAUAAUAAUAAUAAUAAUAUCCGUGUUAAGGGAGUGUAUACAUGUAUACGCGUUGAACAGUCAAAGAAGAAACCAUCAAAACAAACAUUGCUUUGUUUCUUUCUUGGAAAUUAAGUCUUCAUUUCCAUUAUCUCUGCAUGAUCUUUAUCAAGUACAAGUCUUUCAUCUUUCGAGGUGCUUGAAGUCAAUUUUUUGAAAACUUGGGGAUUUUGAGUCUUCAAUUUGGAUUUUUUGUUCAGAAGGGUAUUUAUUUAUUGAGACUGUUUGUGUUGAUGGUUUUGUGUCCAUGGAGGCUGCUGUUAGUUUUUGGUGUUGAAUUUUGAUUGUAUAGGAGGAGGGAUUGGUUGGUUUUGAUAGAAAAGCAAAAUGGGUUGUAUUGCUUCUAAGGAAAAUAGCCAAGAUGGUCAUAGAGAGAGGCUAUCUCGUAAAGGAUCAUUAGAUAGGCGAGUUUCCCAUGUCAAUUCUCUAAGAACAGAUGACGGAGUUCGAUCAAAGGAUAAACGUCAUAGUGGAGAUGUGAAGGUUAUGUUAACGGAUAAGAAAACAAGAGGUUCAAGGAGGUACCAUGGUGAUCAGAUUGAGAAAAGGCGAGUUGAGAAUCAAAUUGAGAAGAAUAUGGUCGAGAAUUAUGAAGUUGAUGCUUUUUGUCAAACUCAGAUUGAGAAAAGGAAGAUGGAAGUUUUCCAAGAUUUUUCAAUUCUUAGUCAUCCAGCGUGGGGGAAGGUGCCAAAGUGCGUGGAAGCUGAGCAGGUUGCGGCUGGAUGGCCUUCUUGGCUUGCCUCGGCAGCAGGAGAAGCUAUUAGAGGAUGGGUGCCACGGCGUGCCAAUACUUUUGAGAAGUUAGAUAGAAUUGGACAAGGAACAUAUAGUAAUGUCUACAAGGCUCGUGAUGUCACACAUGAUAAAAUUGUUGCUAUUAAAAAAGUCCGGUUUGAUAGUGGUGAUCCAGAGAGUGUCAAAUUCAUGUCCCGUGAGAUUCUUAUUUUGCGUGGGCUGGAUCAUCCCAAUAUAAUCAAACUGCAAGGCUUGAUAACUUCCCAGACAUCUUCCAGUUUGUACCUUGUCUUUGAGUACAUGGAACAUGAUCUUACAGGACUUGCUGCACUUCCUGGCAUGAAGUUCACUGAAGCACAGAUCAAAUGUUACAUGCAGCAGCUUUUAACUGGACUUGAUCACUGUCAUAGUCACGGUGUUCUGCAUCGUGAUGUAAAGGGUUCAAAUCUUCUUAUUGAUGACAAUGGCAUCUUGAAGAUUGCAGAUUUUGGCUUAGCAAGUUUCUUUGAUCCUCGAAGUAGUGCUCAAUUGACAAGCCGUGUGGUGACUCUUUGGUAUAGAGCACCGGAACUUUUACUUGGAGCCUCUCGCUAUGGAGCUGCUGUUGAUUUAUGGAGUGCGGGUUGCAUACUUGGGGAGCUAUACUCCGGCAGACCUAUUUUGCCAGGAAGAACAGAGGUUGAGCAAUUGCACAAGAUUUUUAAGCUGUGUGGCUCACCCUCUGAGGAUUACUGGAUAAAAACAAAGUUGCCUCGUUCAUCAGUAAUCAAGCCUCAACGACCAUAUAGACGAAGUGUGAAAGAAACAUUCAAAGACUUUCCUGCUCCUGCUGUUGGCCUUAUGGAAAACUUGCUUUCCAUGGACCCAGCUUAUCGAGGAACUGCAGCUUUUGCUCUCACCACUGAGUUUUUUACAACAAAACCAUUUGCUUGUGAUCCAUCAAGUUUGCCCAAAUACCCCCCCAGCAAAGAGAUCGAUGCAAAACUACGGGAUGAAGAAGCUCGAAGGCAAGAAGCAGUUGCAAGGAGAAGUGGACCAAAAGAAUCUCUUGCACCUAAUGGCCAUCCUGAUUUGCCCUUGUCCCUGCAGAAGAAACACAAUUCUGUUUCACAAAAUAGUGGCAAGAUGGUCAACUCUCACAAGGAGCAAACUGUAUCUGGUUUCAUGAUUGAUCCCUCUGAACAAAGGCAAGCUGUAAGAGAAGGGAGAGGAGAUUUCAUGGAGCAUCAACGUAAGAAAGUUUCACAUUCGGGGCCAUUAGUCCAAGGGAAUGGCUGGACAAGGACUGGAAAGAAUUUUGAUAAUCAUAAUAUGGUAUCAGGCAGGCAUAACCUAUCAACAAUAUCUGGUUUAGUAGCAACUAGAACUAUCUUGCCUGGAGAUCACCAAAAGAAACCUGGGGUGCCACAGCCAGAAGUGGUAAACCAAGUAGGCAGGCUUCAGGGAUCAUUAAACGGAUUGGAGUCCUCAAGAAAGGUGGACCAAAAUUGUCAAAUAAAGAAGAUGGGAGAUUCUCCUCAGGCAGGAGCUGGAAAAUCCAGUAACAAGGAACCGAGUCUGCAUGGCCAUGGUCCCAAGGGAAACAAGAUUUACGUCUCUGGUCCAUUACUCGCUCCAUCAAACAAUGUGGAACAAAUGCUCAAAGAGCAUGACCGCCAGAUCCAAGAAUAUGCCCGAAAGCGGCUCGACAAGACAAAACUUGCGAAGUUGAAAGCCCGAGGGAAGCAACCAACGGAUAGUUUGAUGGCUACCUCUAGGCAUCGAGGAGAAUAAAACAGGCUUAAAACCUCAAAACCCUCAGCAGUUCACAGCUAACUUGAUGCCAGGAAAGCGAUUUCGCUCAUGGCUCUCUGUACAGUGGGUGCUUUUUCUUUAAAAUUAAAUUUCUAGCAAAUUAUUUAGUAUUCUAUAUAUCUUGUUUUAGAGAAUGCCUUUGCAAGAUUAUUUUUUCAACUCGGUUUUUCCGCCCCAGAAGGAUAAUAAUAGCAAGAAGCUCGAUUUUGAGACCAA